CUAGAACACACUUCAGAGUCUGAAGCCACACUAUCAGCAGAUGAGCCAUGAUGGAGUUUGUUCACGUUGCUGUAACUGUGCUCGGUCUUCUGUCUCUUGGACACUCAGCUCCUGUGACAAGCUGUGAGAAUCUAAUCCAGCCUCGUGAAAUCCACGGAAAUCAGCUGGUGGGAAAAUGGACACAAAUAGCAGAGAGCACAGGCAUACCUCAAUUCAAAGUGCUGACGAAGAUGCCUCUGGAGACCGCCUGGAUGAACAUCACUGCUGCCAACGAGGCUAAUACGUUCAAUAAUCUCUACGUUCACAAAAUGAGGGGCAUGUGUUUCACACUGAAAACCAACAUGACUUUGGUUAACAACAGUAUGGUGCACAAUUACCUAUAUUCUGCUGUCCUGCUGAAUACUGGCUGUCCUGACUGCCUUGUUAUCUACUCAAAUAACACCGUUGGAAGAACCACAGUUAAAGCUCUCCAUCUCCUGAGUAGGAGAGUUAAAGUGUCUGCUGCUGAGCUGGAAGAGUUUACAAAGCAGGCAGAGUGUCUGAACCUAGAAUCCCCUGCUAUCUUGGAUUCAGAAAAAGGGUUUUGCCCAGAUCCAGCACUCACCCCAGGAACUAAGACUAUUGAUCUGACCGUGAACAACAUAACGCCCGAUGAGCUCAACCUAUUGGAGAAGCUUUUCACUGAGAGUGGAAUGAAGACCAUUUUGGACACGGACCAAAGUAGUGUGGAUCUAUUCAAGGAAGACUGAAGUAGUCAUAAAUGUCACUAAGCCAUUCUUCUCUGACCUCUGGUGUUAACACAUUUUCUAAAUCUAAAGCUUACUUGAUCUCUUUGUCUGACCACUCUCUGUAAACCCUAGAGCCAUGCUAUGUUAAAUGUUACUCAAAUCAACUGUCUUACCCAUUCUGAUGUUCCGAUUUGAGCUUCAGCAGGUUAUCUUGCGUCUUCAUGCUUAAAUAAACGGAGUUGCUGUCA